GGAGUUAUUUAUUCCCCCCACCUCCACCCCCUCAUUAAUAACCAGGCCUGGUCUCUGUGACUCCUGGCAGAGUUUGGGACCAGCAGUCCGAGACAUUCUAUUAGUUCUAUUCGCACCCACCACCUUUCCACGCCAACAUGCCCAGACCACUGCCGACAGCCAUCACACUGAAUUCUGGCCAGUUGUUUCCAUCCCUUUAAUUACUCUGCUGCCUGCAUUCUGCCAGUAAUUGGGCUUAGUUUGAGCCCGGACUUCUCUUUUCUUUUUUUUCUCUUUUUUAUUCCCCUGUUUUUUAUUGUUCUCCAAAAAGCCAUCCAAUUAAUAUGCUAAUGACAUGAUACAUAUUUAUGGGUUUUAAAUUAUGCAGAAAGCUUUCAGAGCCCGAUGUGAAAUGAGUCGCUCACAGGACUUCAAAGCCCUGAAUCGCUAAUGAAGUAGGGCCUGAUUUGCAUACAGCUUUAAUCAGCUGAAUACUGAUUAUACUUCAUUAUAGAGUGGGGUGGGUGGAGGGAGAGAGGCGCCAGCUGCACUCGUUGUUUCUGUUUCUUCCAGAAAGAAAGGGAGAUAACUUUUUCAGUAGUCGUGACAAUCCUGGCACGCACCGGAGAGAGAGAGAGAGAGGGAGGGAAAAGGAGGGAGACGGUUGAGAAGAAAAGAGAGGUAGAGAAAGAGCGAGUGAGAGUGAGGGAGAGCUGUUAGUUUAAAACCUGUUGGCUUAAGUGGAAUGCUGAGGCUGUGUCUCACUGUUGUUCAGUGGAGCGUUCAGCGGACUGUGCCAGUCUGUCUGUGUCUUGUGUGUGUAGCUGUAGUUUGACUGGACUCUGCACUGACCAGUGGAGAGUGAAGAGAGGGAGUAGGGAGAGGAGGGGCAGUGUGCUGUCCGGUGGAACCAAGCCUAUCUGCCGCCGCCAGCUUUUGCAAGCAUGCUGGAAAAUACAGGUUCAACAGAAGUGGAUUCUAAAAUGAGUAAUCCAUCAGAAACUAGUAAAUGUGCAAUGGAGAGUCAGAGUGGGGACGGAAACGCAGGAGUCCAAACGAAUGGACUGGACUUUCAGAGGCAGACGGUGCAGGCCACAAACGCAAUCACCAAUGCACAUGCUCAGGCUCUCCUCCAACAGUCCAAGUCUGAAGACUUGGGUGCAAUUCCGACCUCCGUCCAGCAGGGCGUGCUGCCUCAUGCCCAGCUCAUGCUGGCUGGGGGACAGAUAGCUGGAUUGACCCUGUCUCCAGCGCAGCAGCAGAUGUUUUUGCAGCAGGCCCAGGCCCAGCUCUUGGCAGCAGCCAUGCAGCAGCAAUCAGCCAGCCAGCAGAGCAGCACCACGGGGGCCAGCAUCUCUGCCUCCGCAGCCACCCCCAUCACACAGCUGCCCCUGUCCCAGCCCGUCCAGAUCACCUCUAUUCCCUCUGUCUCUACUCAUCUCCCAGGCCAGCUAAGCCAGCUGGGAUACCCGUAUGAGAUGGCGACCUUCAGCAGUUACCUACCUCAGUUACAGCAGCUGCAACAGCAGAACCUGACCAUGCCCCAGUUUGUCCUGGUUCAACCUGGCCACCACAUCGCCACCCAGCUGCAGCCUGGCCAGUUCAUCAUCUCACAGACGCCGCAGGGCCAGCAGAGUAUGUACACAACGCAGAGUUUCCUGCAAGCCCAGAAUCUUCUAACUCAACUACCUCAAAGCCAAGCCAACCUCCUGCAGACUCAGCCAAGCAUCAACCUCGCCUCACAGCCAGCGACUCCGUCCCACACGAUAGCAGCCACGCCCAUCCAGCCCCUGUCCCUCAGUCAGACCCCGCCCAAACGCCUGGACACGCCCAGUCUGGAGGAGCCCAGCGACCUGGAGGAGCUGGAACAGUUUGCCAAGACCUUCAAACAGAGACGCAUCAAACUGGGCUUCACACAGGGGGACGUUGGCCUGGCCAUGGGGAAGCUGUAUGGUAACGACUUCAGCCAGACCACCAUCUCCCGCUUCGAGGCCUUGAACCUCAGCUUUAAGAACAUGUGCAAGCUGAAGCCACUGCUGGAGAAGUGGCUCAACGAUGCAGUUUGUGCCGAGAAUCUGUCGUCUGACCUGGCCCUGUCCAGCCCUUGCGGCCUGGGCUCCCCCGGCCUGGGUAUUGAGGGGCUCAACCGCCGACGCAAGAAGAGGACCAGCAUCGAGACCAACAUCCGCGUGGCCUUAGAAAAGAGCUUUCUGGAGCAGAACCAAAAACCUACCUCUGAGGAGAUCACCAUAAUUGCUGACCAGCUCAACAUGGAGAAGGAGGUGAUCCGGGUGUGGUUCUGUAACCGUCGGCAAAAAGAGAAGAGGAUCAACCCCCCCAGCAGCGGACACAGCAUCACAGGGACAGGCAGCACCCCCAUCAAAACCAUCUUCACCCCCACUAGCCCCUUGGUGGCCAGUACGGCAAGCCUUGUGACCAGUAACACACCGACCACACUCACUUUAAACCAGGUGAUGCCUCUCACCAGCACCAGCGUCUCCGGCCUUACCUUGACAGGCACGACGAUCGGAGCGACCACAAACACGGCAUCCGUCAUCUCUACGGCACCCAUGGUUACCGUGGUGACCAGUUCACCCUCGCUAAGCCCCUCCCCCACGGCUCUCCAGGCCACGGCGGCAGAGACAGGUGGAACCCAGGAGCACACGGUGGUCACGCAGGCGCCGUCGUCCCUAGCAACCACUCUGGGGACAGGUCAGGUGAUGGUGGCUGGACCGGGGCUGUCGGCGGCCCUGCAAGGCGCUGCCCAGUUACCCACCAGCGCUAGUUACGCCGCCAUGGCCGGGCUUAACCCAGGACUGAUGGCAUCCUCGCAGUUCACACCUGGAGGGGCCUUGCUGAGCUUGGCUCCGGGUGGGCUUGGAGGGGCUAUAAACCCCGCCAUGUUGAGCAACAACACUCUGGCCACCAUCCAAGGUCUAUGGAGCGCUCUGGCAUCGGGUGGCACUCUCCCCAUCACCUCGCUGGACGGGAGUGGUAACCUGCUGUUUGCCAACACCUCGGCCGGCAGCACCUCCAACCUGGUGCAACCCCUCUUCCUGAACCCCCAGAACCUGUCCCUGCUCACCAGCAACCCCGUCAGCCUGGUGUCGGCCGGAGCGGCCGGGGGAGGGGCCCUGCAGGUCACAGCCAACCACCAGGUCACCACGGCGACCGUUCCAGUGCCCGCCUCCACCAUCACCACUGCCUCCAAGGCCCAGUGAAGCUGAAGGCUCGAAUUGCCUUGAAUGACACCCUAUGCUCUAUUUAGUGCACUACUUUUGGUUAAAUGUAGCGUACGAUAUGGAUGGCUCUGGCCAUAGUAAGACACUAUAUGGGGAAUAGGGCUGUUGUUUAAGAUUUGGCCUUAGGCUACUGGCUCAAUCCACCUCUUUAUCCUCUUCCUCCUUGUCCUUCUGCCUGUCAUCUAUCAUUAUUUAAUCCUUUUGCUGCCACCAAAAAGAAACCCUCUGUGAAGAGGGUUGGAAUUUAUAUUUUACGUUUUUAUUUCAUUCUUCAUUUUCUCUUUUCCCUUGUACUCCAAAAAUGAUGUGCGACUCCCUGGAUGUUUUUGUCGCUGUACGCAGCGGGUCACACAGGAGGACUGGGGCGGCCAUUUUCUGAGGCAGGAUCAUCUUGAACUCUAUGGUCUGUGCUCCUUGUGGCCCCUGAGAAAAUAACAGAGGGACUACCUAGCUUUCUCUCUUUCCUGUCACCUUUUUCAAAAGUAUAUAUCUUCCUCUUCCCUGUUCAGAACUUCUUCUUAAAUACUUCUAACCAAAAAUUUGAUUUUACUUUUUGGAUGUUUUUUUCUUCUAACAAAAAUGAUUUACUACUAAGAUCACAAUCUACAUCAUCACUAAAAGGGGGGUUUGCGUGUUUCCCAGUCGAUAGUUUGAAUUUGUUUGGUGUCAGAGGCUCUGUUGGACAGGCCUCAGCACAAAUCAUAUCAAAGUUAUAUUUUAGAGGUGAUUAGUUUGUUUUCUCUUGUUUUAGUGGACAUUUUCAGAACUUUGUACGUCUAACAUUAAUUUAAGCUUUAACUCCGAUAUACAGUAUAUCAAUUUCUAAUCGUGGUUAUAAGGCUUUAAAACCAAGUAAUAAUAAAUGGCCGAUAUAAUGGUUAUUGUUGCUUUAAGGAACGGGGUUGACCAUGUGUUCUCUCUCUGGCCCUCUCUGUCUGGUAACACUGAGUUUGUUUAUAUAAAAAAAUAUAUUUUGCCUGCCACCAUUUUGUAAAUCGUAGUCUAGGUGCAGACCGUAGACACUGAUAUGGAAUUACUGAAAUGAUAACGCUUAGAGCUUUAACUGGUUUGCAUACGUACCUGCAGUCCCAUGUCAGAUAGUCGGGUGGUGAUUGUGUGAUGGGGGGUUAGCUGUAUGAUACAUGGAGUUCUAUGCCUGAGUGUUCUCUGACGGCUAUGUCAGUUGGUAUGUCUGUAUGGUUUUCAUGCCAACUGGAUGAUGUUGGUGUGAGGUAGAUGGGGUCGUUGUCUGUUUUUGCUCCAAUAUAUAUUUUUUAUUCUGCUUUAUCUACUUGUGCAUAGUAUCUGUACCAAAAGAAACUGGAUUUAUGAACUGCAGUCUGCCUGUUUUAGAGAAGUUAAACUUUCUGUCCCAUUUAUAAUUUUUUUUUUAAGGUCCUUUAUUUCUGCAGUCUUUUAACUGGCUUACUACAAGAUGUACCAAAAAUAUUUGUUAACUAUUGCUGUGUAUUGUCAGUGUAGCUUAGCCUAGUCCAAAUAUUUGAGUACAAGCUCUCCCUCUAGACAACUGGAGAUAAAGAUGCAAUAUUUUGAUGAUCACUUUCCAAAGACAAACGUAUUUUUUAAUUUGACUAUGGCUCUCCCUGCUCAGCUUUAAAGUGGCAGCGCAAAUAUCCAAAUAGAAAGGGAUGGGAAGAAGGGAGGUCAGGGGUAUUGUCUCCCUAUAUAAAGUUAAUAUAUUUGAGUGGUGUUUAGGUUUGAAUGGUAGUGGUUAUAUGAUAUCAAUGGGUGCUUGCCCUCAAUACUCUGUCCUGUUUCUCUACGUUUCCCCCUAUGAUGAUAUGGCGGACUGUGUUGUGAUCCUUUCUAGACUGAUAUAUCUGCUUUGGCAGCAGUUUGGACUGUAGUCAGGCGUUCAAUAAUCAGGUAGGGGCUGUCCGUUUUAGUUUUUCUACCAAUCCUCAGCCAUGAAAUAAAAAGCUUGAACCAAAGUUGUUUUCUCACUAGCUGCUGUGCCUGUGUGAGCGAGCAAGUUGCUGUUCACACGAUCACUAUCCUACACACUACUACUGACAAGUCUUCUCCUCUUAUACCCACCUAUUUGAAUCCUUUUUGCAUCCCCCACCUCUAACCCUCUUCUAAGGAACAAGGACCUGCGCGUUUUCUUCUUCUAGCUUUCUAACCUCAUCCUCUCAGGUCACGUGGUUGAAGCCCUCUCUCCUUCCUCUCAUCGCCCAACUAGCUUUACUUUGGGGGCUCAUCCACUGUCAGCACCAAUAAAGAUGUUUCGGACCUGUCAAGAUCUCCGACCUGUACCCAAGCAACUUAGCCCCUGUGCCGCCCUUAUCGAGCUGCCCCUUUCGUAACAACAACCCCACACAACAGUAGUGUUGUUCUAUCGGCCCUAACGUAGGCAGAUGAAUGACUGCCUAGUUUGAAAAAGCAGAGACAUCUCUCUACGCUAAUACAUUUAUGUGCUCCUUUUUUACCCUUGAAUUAAUUUGACUGAAUACCUCAGCAUCACUUAAACAUUAGGUUCACUUUAAGAAAUCUCACACCCGUAGAAUAUUGUAGAAUGUACAAGUCAGUGGAGGCUGGUGGGAGGAGCUAUAGGAGGAUGGGCUCAGUGUAAUGGCUGGAAUGGAAUCAAUGGAACAGUA